AACGUCUGGGUGCUCUUUGACGACCCAUGCCGCGUCGUCUGGCGCCAUGCAAGGAAACGGGGAGACCUUUUUCUAGACUACCAAGAUCUGCAACUAAACGUCCGCUUCUGAGGGCUGAACCGUAAGAAGCCGCAGCCAAGAAUCUCCACCGUGGAUGCGGAAACUCAUUCGAAUUCUCUGCCAUGCAUUUUGCUGCAUGCGCAGUCUGACCCACGUCACACCGGCCCACAGCAUAAGACGUCGACAGCAACUCCUGCGAUUGCCCUCCGUCAUCCACGAUGCUCCAAACAUAUGCAUGGUUUGGUAUGAUGGCAUUUCACCAGACCAAGGUGGUCUAGAAGCCUCAUUUUACGUACGAGAAAACCGGUGUAGGCCGCCGAAACGUCACGAUGUCAAAACGCCGCAUUGUUCCAAACGUGUUCUAUGCAGGCGCCGCAUCAUGAGGCCUCGACGAUCGAUGAGGGGCAGCGCCAUAAGCGGGACCGUAUUGCGGGGCCGAUGCUUUGAAUCGGAUGGCUCGGCUGAAAGCCGUCAUUUGUCUCCAGUCGUCAGGCACACAGCUGUGACCGCGGCAACUUCACCUUCCUGUUCAUUUUGAUCCAAGACUUGGCAGAUAGUCCUUCGUGGACGGGAUUUCAGACCUGCCGCACAGUGUCAGCAUCCGGAAAGUGCUUUCCGAGGUUGCAUGC